CAGCGUAGUGAUUAGUCAACAGCUGCCGAGAACCGUGAAUAUGGACUAUGUUGAUAAUCGUCUUGGCGUCAUGCCGUUGAUUAUUCCGUUUCCAGAGUUCAUGAAUCAACUGUGGCGAUGGCGGCUUCAAACCAUUCCUCUGCUUCAGUUGGAGAAGUAGAAGAUUCUAAUGGCGGAGAAGCAAGCAAAGGCACAUGGAAGCACGCCGCCUUCCAUGUUGCCACCACCAUCGCAACUCCAGCAGCUUACGCUCCCCUCCCGUUCGCCGUCGCUUCUCUCGGUUGGCCCCUUGGGGUAAGCAGCUUGAUUUGUGCCACAUUAGCUACAUGGUACUCUAGUCUUUUAAUCGCAUCACUAUGGAGAUGGAAUGGAAAGAAGCAGACGACAUAUCGAGACCUUGCAGGCAGCAUCUAUGGUCGUAAAGGUUACUGGGCAAUUGCGUUUUUCCAGCAGAUAGCUUCACUGGGUAACAAUAUCGCCAUUCAAAUUGCUGCUGGAAGUAGCCUUAAGGCUGUGUACAAACACUAUAACAAUGAGGGAGGCUUAACAUUACAGCAUUUCAUCGUUCUGUUUGGAGUCUUUGAAUUGUGUCUCUCCCAGCUUCCAGAUAUUCAUUCAUUGAGAUGGGUAAAUGCUUUAUGCACUUUCAGCACCAUAGGAUUUGCUGGUACUACUAUAGGGGUUACAAUAUAUAAUGGAAAGAUUAUGAACAGAAAUUCAAUAAGUUAUAGUUUGGAAGGAAGUUCCUCAUUUAAAAUGUUUAAAGCCUUCAAUGCUCUUGGGGCAAUUGCCUUUUCUUUUGGAGAUGCAAUGCUUCCAGAAAUACAGAGUACCGUGAAGGAACCUACUAGAAGGAACACAUACAAAGGAGUGUCGGCUGCUUAUAGUAUCAUUGUUUGCACAUACUGGCAACUUGCGUUUCUAGGCUACUGGGCGUUUGGUUCACAGGUUCAGACUUAUAUCGUUGCGUCUCUUACCACUCCCAUGUGGACUAUUGUUAUGGCUAAUCUUUUUGCAGUCAUCCAAAUUGCAGGAUGCUACCAGAUAUAUUGCAGGCCAACCUAUGCCUAUAUUGAGGAAAUGAUUCAAUCCUCAAAAACAACUACCCAUUUUCCACACCAAGAUCGUCUAAUCCGCUUUAUUUUCACCUCGAUUUACAUGGCUAUCAUAACACUCAUUGCAGCAGCUACGCCUUUUUUCGGAGAUUUUGUUUCCAUAUGUGGAGCCAUUGGUUUUACUCCGCUGGACUUUGUUUUCCCAGUCCUGGCUUAUCUAAAAGCAGGAAGAAAGCCUCGAAACCUAAAGCUUCAACAAUCGGUCAAGUUCCUUAAUAUGGGAAUUGCAGCUUGGUUCUCCAUUGUUGCAGUGUUAGGUUGCAUUGGUGCUGUCAAAUUCAUCAUAGAUGAUGUCAAAACUUAUAGAUUUUUCCACGACAUGUAACAUUUUUCUUUAUUUUUGUAAAUGGUUGAGUGCUAAAACUCACCAUGACUCCAAAGACAUGAAUUAUCAGGAUUUAUUCCCUAUGGGUUUACACU